AUGAACUGUGCAACGCCUCGGGUUGGAGGCUUAUUUAAAGAUGAUCAUGCUGAUGAGUUUCUGCAUCUGCAAAAUAUUGUUGAUGAUACUUUUCCCUUGGGAGAUGCGUUUGAGACUCAAUUGGUGAAUCUUGCGGAUGAAACUCAAGUGUUGGAUCAUGUCGGUGAAAAACAAAUGCUGGAUCAUGUUGGUGAAACCCAAGUGCUGGAUCAAGUGGGUGAAACCCAAGUGUUGGAUCAUGUUGGGGAAACCCAAGUGUUGGAUCAUGUUGGGGAAACCCAAGUGUUAGAUCAUGAUGGAGAAACCCAAGUGUUGGAUUAUGAUGGAGAAACCCAAUUGUUGGAUCAUCAUGAUUGCAUGGAGGAAAUUAUGCACACACAGUUAGUAGACGAGUGCAAUGUUGAAGAUGGCGCUGGUAGUGAUGAUGAAGGAACAGACAUAACCCAAGUGUUAUGUGAGUUACAGGAAUUAUCUGAUGAUGAUUCUUAUCAGAGCGAGGGUGAUUGUCCAAUUCACAGGGAGAACAAGAUUGACAUUGAUCGUUGUGAACAAGGUGGUGAUGUUUGUAAGACACCAGCAGAUGCUUUGAGUAAUGGAGAGAAUCAUUCAGGAUCUGGCCACGGUGGUUUUACAUCACUGCGUGUUGCAUCCGUUAGGGCCGCUGGUUUGGCAGCUCGUAUGAAGGCUUCUCAAGGAACUAAUGGAAAGUCAUGUUCUAGUAAAAGUGAAGAUUCUUCUCUGGAACAUCAACCAGUUUUGCGAGAUGAUAUACCUCAUAUGAGAAAUUCUCCUAAAUCUGGCAGGGAAAUUAAUGAUGAGCAUAUUCUGGAGGAGUACAAUGAAGAUGGUAAGGAAUCAAUGAAUGAAAACAGGUUCAAAGUUGGUAGUACAACUGCAAGGAAACUUUUUAAGGAUGAUAGAAUUGAGGAAGUUAGACAAUCAGAUGCUGGCCAGAAGCACACAGACGAUACAGAAAAUUUGUUGCUUGCUUCUGAAAACUGCUUGGCUGGGAUAAGUUAUGCCAACUCUCAGGAACCUGGAGAGUUAUCACAAGCCAAUGCACUUGAAGUUGUCGACAGGUUUCUCAUGCUUAAUGUUGAUGAGUAUGAUAAGGAAUUGGACAUUAGAACAGCCUCAAAGAAGAAGUCAGAGGUUGUCUCAAGUGCAAAAGGAACUCGUCGUCUGGCCACGAACGCGUCAUUGAAAAGCAUGGGUGGAGAACAUGGAAUAUAUGAUUGGGAUGAUAAUUGUGAAGAUGAAGGAGGUGGCGAGUUUUUCCUGAAGAAAAAAGAACUGUUUUUCGAUGAUGGAGGCCCAAAGCAUAGACCUUUUACUGAACUUAGGAAGUCCAGAAAUCACGGCGACGAAGAGCAGCAAUCUGACAUUAAUAAAAAAUUAGCGGGCUUAGUGUGCUCUGAUUCAAAGUUAAUGUUGCAUAAACUGAGAGCGAAGGGCCAAUCACUGAAGCGCAAAAAUGGAAAUUUCACAAUGAAUCUUGCCAUGAAUUUGAGUGAACAGUUAAAUGUGGCUUCGGGUGACAAUGAUAAUGAUGCCAACAAAGAUAUGCUAGACGUGGUGAGCAUAGGUCCUGACACUCAAAUGGCCGCUGAAGCAAUGGAAACUUUAUGUAUUGAGUUGCAUUUGACUGAUGGUAAUGGUGACGGCUUGAACCAAGGUGCCCAAAACAUGAGAAACGAUACUUGCAAAAAUCAAACAAGUAAUAGAGCAACACAUCAAGAACAAGACUUCAACCGGAAGAGAACACGUUCUUCAAAUGCUGGAGCUGUUACAAGACAAACCAAAUCAACAAAGACGACUAGUGCCAAAUUAAGUAAUGCAGAGCUGGGAAAAGCCGAUCGAAGGAGGGCUGAGUCGGGAGACAAUGUUGCUUCAUGUGGGAAAGUAUGCUCAAGUACUCUUGCUCCCAAAAUUGUUGAGCAGAAGAAGGAAAGAAGAACUCGGAAAGGAAGCGUCAUCAAGAAUGAUGGACGUCUUUCCACUAAAGCAACACGUCAUAUGUCUCAAAAUAAGUGUUGCUUGCAGGAUCAACUUGGAUCUAUCACGCCCGUAGCUCAUCGAACUAGGAAAUGCACAGAUUUGAAUAGAUCAAAAGUUGCUGGAAAUUACUCAGUUGAUUGUAGAGAGGAGAUAAAUGAUUUGAUAAGUGGUCAUGUCCUUAGAAGGAGGAGAACUGCAAGUGCCAGAGUUAAAAGUGCCAAACUGGGCAGCAUUGAGAAACUUGGAGAAUUGAGAUCAAUUGGAGAUAAACAAUCAGGCACUAAAUGUUCUGGGACAUCAGGUGCUUCGGGGACUGAUGCAUUAGGGUAUCUCAGAGGAGGAAGAACUCGUCUAAAAUUUCCGAUUGUUGCACAAGAAGCUGAUGCUCAAUGUAGUGCAAGGUUAAAAAGACCAAUAACUGAUACUACUUCAAGGAAUAAUGCCACUGGUUGUAAUUUUGUUCACGUGACUGAGAGAGCAAGUCCAGACAAUGGAGUCAAGGCCAAGACAUCUAAGCAAUCUGAUGGAAAAAGUGAUGCGGAGAUCAAAAGAUCUGCUGAAGAAGCAAAUGGCAGAGUAGAAAUGUCUCCUAGAGAAAGAAAUCCAAUAUCUGCCUCAGCUUCUACUACUCCUGCUACUUGUACAAGACCAAUAGAUAAUGCAUCACCUAUCUGUAUGGGGGAGGAAUAUCACAAACAGUCUUGCAGGAAGAACCUGUCAAAGUUGUCUCUUAUGAAAGAAAUCAAUAGCCUGAUUAGCAGUGCACCAAGACCAUCAAGUCCGAUGAAAGACUCCAGGAAGAGGAGAGAUGUCGCAAAUGUUCGAGUCUUGUUUAGCCACCACCUGGAUUCGGAUGUUAUCAAACAGCAGCAGAAGCUAUUAGCUCGACUGGGGGCUUCAGUUACUUCCUCUGUUUCAGACGCUACACAUUUUGUAGCAGAUGAAUUUGUCCGCACUAGGAAUAUGCUAGAAGCAAUUGCUUUUGGCAAACCAGUGGUCACACACUUAUGGCUGGAAUGUUGUGGACAAGCUAAUUGUCUCAUUGACGAGAGAAAUUACAUACUGAGAGAUGCAAGAAAAGAAAAGGAGUUUGGAUUCAGUAUGCCAGUUUCUUUAGCAAGAGCUUGUCAACAUCCACUGCUACAGGGACAAAGAGUCUUGGUAACCCAAAAUACAAAGCCUGGUAAAGACAUUCUGUCAAGCUUGGUUAAGGCGGUCCAUGGUCUGGCGAUCGAGAGAGUUGGCAGAUCUGUGUUGAAUGAUGAAAAACUUCCUGAUGAUCUUUUAAUUCUGUCUUGUGAAGAGGAUUAUGACAUUUGUGUGCCUUUUCUUGAGAAAGGCGCGGCUGUUUACAGUUCAGAGCUGCUACUUAAUGGAAUAGUUACUCAGAAACUGGAGUACGAAAGACAUCGUCUCUUUGCUGAUAAUGUCAAAAGGACGCGUUCUACAAUAUGGGUAAAAAAGAGGAACCAGUAUCUUCCUGUGACUAAAUGCAAAUAA